UAAGGGCGCUUUCACACUAGACAAGCUAUUGUAAUUACUUGCAUGCCACUGAUUCCAACACUCAUCUUCCCUGUGAACCAGGUGGUUGACUUUCUUGCCAGAGGCACAAGCUCAAGAUAAGUUAUGCCGUAGUUUUGCUGACAGAAAACGGGCAAAACAGAUCGAUAUGAAUGUUAUCUGUCAAUGUUUAAUGGCCAUUUUCAUAGUGCACUACACUCCCCGAAACCCUUGACGAUGUAUGUAGGACUAUAACCCAUUAUGGGUCAUUCGGCUGAGCACAUCAACAUCAUGUGAAAAAGUUUUCUGUUAUCUUAUGGGACUUUGACAGGAGGUCAAGGUCACGUGUGAUCAAACCUGUGUGUGAGGUUGUCAGUCAACCCCUAUAGGUGUCUGUAGGAGAUUAUUUCCAGUCAUGACAAGUAAUGUUAUGUGACCCUAUCAUGACGGAAUGUGACUUAUUUCAAUCAUAUUGUAGAUAGUCACUUGUAGAUUUUGAAUGUAUUGUACAAUGAAAUGUUUAAUUAUACUUAUAUUUCUUUGUUCACCUCACCAGUGAUGUGAAACUCUUUCAGCUUUUCUUCACUAAGCACUUAAUUUCCUUGAUUUCUACAGUAUGAGUCUGUCUCAAGUGAACUGUGAAACUCCAACAGUAGAUCAAAGACUAACUAGUCGUAAAUCUUACAAAUAACUUGUUUUAAGUUACUUUUGAGUAAAAAUGUUGGACUGUUGUUAAUGUAUGGUGUUGAGAAAAAAGCAUUGUUUAUAAUCUCGCCUCAAUAAAUUUGAUUUGAUUUGUAUUUAAUUUGCAUAUACAUUUGUGUGCAUAAAAACACUGUACUUGCCAGUGAAAUAACACAGGAUUUGCCCCAGACAAAACAGAAAAAACUGAUUUGGAGACAACAACAACAACAACAACAACAACAACAAUAAUAAUAAUAAAUUGCUUGACAAUCCCACGUGCCAGAGCUGAAAUUUAAGCAUUAAAGAAUCUUUGAACUGACACUGGAACUGACAUGAACUGACAUGAAAACAAAAUUGACGAAGUUGCUGUGUUUUGUAAGUGUAAGGGUUUAGGUCAAUGUUGUACAAUAAGACAAUAAGUUAAGGCUAUUUUUUAUUUAUAUAUAUAUUCUAUUUAUUAUUAUCUGGCUACGUUGUAUGCCCCCAAAAGCACGUCAUUUUUAUCAUGCUGACGUUUCCUAGAUAAAUAUAACUUGUCACAACUUCCGGGUUUGUAGCGUUAAAGUUGUGGUGCAGCUGACUACCAUCGCGUGGUCGGUCAUCAAAUGUGCGCUGCCCAUCGCGAGGGGUACCUGUUAUAUUUGCGUAUGAAGCUCAUGAAUAGACAGUUACAAUGCAACUUUAGCUGUUUUCAAACAAUUAGAGGUUUCUACCAGCUGUACCAGCGAUACUGUAUUUUGAAAGGUACAAGCGGAACCUGCCUACGACAUCACACACCUUUUCGACUACGUGCAUUGGGGGGCGUAUUUUCCUCACCAUCACUCGUCACACGAGUGUCUCUCCCCUUAACCUCUCUGGUGAACCUCCAAACUGCCAAUCCCUUAUUCCACGUCCGACGCUCGGGACAUGUUGGCUGGGACGCGGGCAGAGAUGCGCACGGACUUGGGGCCUCCAGAUGCUGCGGUUAUUAGGCAGCAGAGGAGGCUGAAACAGGCGGUUCGUUUCCUUCACAGAGACUCAGCCGAUCUGUUGCCCUUGGAUGGACUGAAGAAGCUCGGGACAUCCAACCAAGGGCAGCCCCAUAACAUCCUGCAGAAGCGCUUCUUUGAGGCCAAGCUAUGUCAGGGAAGGCUCAACAUCAGUGGGGUGCCACCGAAUAACCACUCAUAUAAUUUUACACAUCUGAAUUCACAUGGAAAUGAAGAGGAGGAAGAUGAAGAUUACAUAUAUGUCCCUUGCCAGUGCAUGGGGCAGGAGCUGAGUCUGCGGAUUGACACAGGAUGCAAACACAACCUGAUGUCUAUAAAGACGGUGGACCGAUUGGGCUUGAAGGAUUUUAUAGAGGAAACCAGGCUGGAGACGGGUGGAGUUUCUUACCACUGGAAACUCAACAUUGUGGGUCACAUCGAGUCACUCAGCCUCACUGUUGGACGCCUCAGGAUAAUGUGCUCCUUCACUGUCGUGGAAACGGACGAGGAAUUAAUCUCGUUGGGCUGCAAAAUGUUGAAGACUCUCAAGUCUGUGAUUGACACUGAGAAACAGUUUUUGGUUUUUGGAAGAACCACCAGGGAGCAAGUUCACUUUUCCAGCCGCACCAUCGAGAGAAACUUUUAAUGCCGGAUUCCGUGCUGUCAGCAUCCACCAUGAUGAAAAGCAAUACAGUCACUCAACUCACCCUCACAACCAAAUGCCUCAUUCCUUUCUCUUAUUAAGAUGUGUGGACAUCAAUGGUAGAGUAAUGCAUUUUAGCACUUUAAAACAGCGCUGCGCUAGGCGUAUGUGGUCACCGGUCCCUUAGGUACAGAUGUUUAUUAGCACAUUUGUUCAAGAGUAGGAGAUUUAAGUCCAAUAUUUGUCUAGAAUUGUUUUGUAUUGUUUUAUUGAAAAUACACUUGGCAACUAUCUAUAUAGGGUAGGCUUUAUAUUUAUGCACUUUACUACUAUUUAAUUAUUGUGGUAUGAACACUCGUUUCAUUUUAGACAGACUGCUGUUGUUGCCUUGUGAUUGUAGUGAGAAAAGGCUUUAAUUGACAUAAAAGGGUCACAAAGAAUAUUGGAUUAUAAAAAUUGUAGUGUCAUAUUUACAAAAUGUGAAAGAGGUAUAGUUGCUAAUGAUGUAUCGAAGGCUAGGAGGCAAGUAUGACAAUUGUGCGUAUUGUCUUUAGCUGUUAGUGAAGAUGUCAUGGUUAGGUACCAGUGGCUGAAGUCCUGUUCAGUCAUGGCUUCAUGUCCAGUAAAAUAGUGAGGCUACAUUUCUCAGUGUUAGUCUUAGAUGGACUGAUGGGAUGAAAUUAUUAGGAAAUAGAAGUGGAUACAACAGUGGAUAAAUAAACAGAAACAUAAGUGGAUAGAUUUAUUUGAACAUUUUCAUUUAUAUUUCCACAUUUCUUUUUUGCCGCAGCAAAUCAUUCUCAUCCACCUGACCCUGCCUUGAUCAUGCUCCCUACUCUGCCUAUCGUCUUCAUGUAGUCUCAGUGGUUGUCUUCCUCUCCUUUUGACCAGAGAUUCCAUUCCUUACAAGAUUCAUACAACAUGUUCCCUCUUUCUCCUCUGUACACAUCUGAACCAUUUGAGUCUGUCCUCCCUGACUUUGCCUUCAAACUUCACUCAGCUGACCUCUGGCCUCCUUUCUAGUCCCGCCCUUCCUAGUCACUUCCAACCUGAGCAUACAUCAUGGCAGGACUUUAACUGCCUCCCUUUCAUUAUUUAUUCCCAUCUUCUUCUUCCAGCAUUUCAGUUUUUGUUUCUCUAUUUCCAUUAGACAUGACUGUGUUUUAAGAAAUACAUGCUGGUUAAAUGUCCACUCACACUCAAGUUUUAAUGUUAGUCAUUCUGCUAGGUACAUUACUUAACUAAAACGUCUCCAUGGAACUACUGUAUGUAUUUCAACAGCAUCAUAUUGUGUAAAACAGUGCAGCUCUGAAAUAAUGCCUUGAAUGUCCCAAAAUAACCUGCUUCCUUCAUAGUUAGUCACAAGGGAAAUUUUUGAAUCAUUAAAAACCAACUCACUAUUUAUAGCUCCCCUAUUGAAAGUAGGCCACUUUAAAUCUCCUCAAAUGCUGGUGACAUCGUAGAAAGGACUGUAUAUUGACAAGAGGACAUUUUCCACAUCACUGAUUAUGAUCAGUUGCCUAGGAGCCUAGCAACAAGCAUGAGACACAUUAUGUACAGUGGUCAGUGAACUUCUCUUCCAUUAGCCUGGAAGAAUCGUGGUGUCCAGGGAAACCAAAGUCAAGAGAGGUGACUUCGUUGUCUGCAGCUAAUGAAGAGGGCUUUCCUUUGGAGUUGGAUGUGUAUUUGCUUGUUUGUUUUAUCUUAGUUUCUGAAACACUGGUGACCAGCACAGAGGUUUACUUCCAGUAGAGGCUUUGCUUCAUGUUCUCAUUCUGAAGUCCACUUGGAAAAAAAAAACAAACGUCAAUAAAUCUGGAGCAAUUGUUCCCAGUCUACGCAGUGCCGCUAUAUCAUAUAAUGUGAAAAACUGGAACUGAAUAAAA